AUGAUCCCUGAGGAGAGGCCGGACGGCCCGGGCGCCGGCCAGGAGAGCGCGAGGCUGCAGGAGGCCGGCGGCGUUCGCAAGGGCUCCGACCCGCUGGCCCAGAGCCCACGUGGGCGCCCACAGAGCCGCAGGGCCCGGGUCCGCCAGCAGAUCACCAAGGAGCUGCGGAUGCGGACAGGCGCCGAGAACCUGUACAGAGCCACCAGCAACGCCUGGGUCCGGGAGACGGUGGCCCUGGAGCUGAGCUACGUCAACUCCAGUCUGCAGCUGCUGAAGGAGGAGCUGCAUGAGCUCAGCGGCGGCCGUGUGGAGGCCGACCGGCCCGAGGGCGAAGGCAUCACUGUCCCUAUGAUCCCCCUGGGGCUGAAGGAGACCAAGGAGCUGGACUGGUCCACUCCCCUGAAGGAGCUGAUCUCUGGGCACUUUGGAGAGGACAGCGCCUCCUACGAGGCCGAAAUCAGGGAGCUGGAGGACCUGCGGCAGGCUGCCCGGACCCCCAGCCAGAGCGAAGCGGGCCUGGGGCCCCUCACAGCCUACUACAAGCAGCUCUGCUUCCUGGACGCACGCUUCGUCACCCCUCCUGGGAAUCUCGGGCUGCACUUCCACUGGUAUGACUCGCUGACGGGAGUCCCGGCCCAGCAGCGGGCCCUGGCCUUCGAGAAGGCCAGUGUGCUUUUCAACAUCGGGGCCCUGCACACCCAGAUUGGGGCUCGCCAGGACCGCUCGUGCCCCGAGGGCACCCAGCUCGCCAUCGAGGCCUUUCAGAGCGCUGCCGGUGAGGGCGGGCCUCGGUCAGGGUGCCUCUGGGGCAUGCGGGGGCAGGGCCAGUGGGAUGGCCCCUGCUGCACCCGGAUCCCCCCUUCCUGGGGGUGUGGCCAGGCCGUCCUGCCCGCCUGCUGUGAGCGCCCCUCCGCAGGGGCCUUCAGUCUCCUGAGGGAGAACUUCUCCCGAGCGCCCAGCCCUGACAUGAGCCCGGCCUCGCUCUCCAUGCUGGAGCGACUCAUGACAGCCCAGGCCCAAGAGUGCGUCUUUGAGGGUCUCCUGCUCUCACCCCCUGAAGGCCCCCAGGAUUGCUUGGCUCAGCUACGCCUGGCUCAGGAGGCUGCCCAGGUGGCGGCCGAGUACAGGCAGGUGCACCAGGCCAUGGCCCAGCCACCUGUGCGGGACUACGUGCCCUUCCCCUGGACCACCCUGGCACACGUCAAGGAGGAGUACUUCCGCGCCCUGGCCCAUUACCACGCAGCCAUGGCACUCUGCGACAGUCCCCCAGCGGCCGAGGCGGACUUCCCCACGCGGCAGCAGGCCUUACGUGGGCGCCCGGCCGCAUCGGAGCCGGAGCUGUGGGGCGCUGGGCUGCCCCAGGAGCCGGAGGAACGCAGGAAGCUGGGCAAGGCCCACCUGAAGCGCAGCAUCCUGGGCCAGGAGGAGGCCCUGCGGCUGCACGCGGUGGGCCGUGCCCUGCGCACGGUCGACCUGCUGCAGGCCGUGCUGGCCCAGGCGCUGAGGCGCUCCCUGGCCCAGUACUCGGAGCUCGACCUCGAGGACGACUUCCUGGAGACCACGGAGGCUCCCGACAUCCAGCCUAAAACACAGCAGAAGCCGGAGAUCAGGGUGCCCAGCUUCUCCAGGGUGAAGGUGACCGAUAUCUUUCAGCGGCUGGGGCCCCUGUCUGUGUUUUCAGCCAGGAACUGCUGGCGGCUGGUGGGGCCCGUCCACGUGACCCGCGGGGAGGCUGGCUUUGGCCUCACGCUGCGCGGAGACGCGCCUGUGCUCAUCGCCGCCGUCAUCCCCGGGGGCCCGGCAGCGGCAGCUGGCCUGCAUGAGGGCGACUACAUCGUGUCCCUGAACGGGCAGCCGUGCAAGUGGUGGAGGCACGCCCAGGUGGUGGCGCAGCUGAGGGGCGUGGGCGACGAGGGUGUGAGUCUGCAGGUGGCCACGCUGCUGCCCAGGGCGGAGCCCCCCGGCACGCAGGGGCACCAUCGGCCGGCCCUGGGGGCGCUUCUGAGGAGCCAGAAGGAGUGUGACUGGGGGGCGCCCACUCCCGCACGGGCCGGCCCCAGGCCCUUCCUUGGCUGGAGCCGCAAGGCCAGGAGGGGCAAGGCCAGAGGGAGGCUGUCCGCACAGCCCUGAGUGGUGUGCCACGCUCCCUCUCCGAGCGCCCCGCCCCACACCCCCGUGUGCCUUCCUCCAGCCUGAGGGAACUUCAGGCCAGUUUGCUGUGCGCCCCCCCCCCAGUGCUGCCAUUAAAGACCAUGUCACAUGA